CAUUUUUAGAUUUGAUGAAAAAGUUCAUUCGGAGCUCAUUUGAAAUUCAAAGAGUGCGUGUCCUUGUCUGGCCGGCCGUGCGCGCUCCCGCGACCAGCGGCGUGCUCGUGCUUCCUUCCACGUGGGGGCGAGCCGCGUCGUCUCCAUAACGACCAGACCGCGGAAGUGCCCGGAUCAGCUUUGGAGCGCGAAGCGAGCGAGGCGGGACGUUUUCUUGUUGGGUGCUUUCGUUCGCCUGUUAAAUUGUCCGUCGAAAUGUCGACGCGCGAGGAGGACCGAGAGGAGAAAGAGCAGAAGACGGAGGAGGAGAAGCUCAGCGGGAGCAAGAAGAGGAACAAGAAGAAGAAGGAGGAGGAGAGGGAGAAAGCCGAGGAGGAGUACAAGCCGGAAGUGGAGCGCAGCGAGCGCGUGCUGCUGCGCGGCAUCUUCAAAGUGGGCAAGAGGAGCCACGACGUCCUGCUGACCGCCACCCGCCUGACCUGGAGCCCCAUCCUGCCCGAGAGCCCCGCAGGUGAGGCGUGCACAUCGCCGCCCGGUGUGCUGAUGCUGCGUGACGUUCUGGCAGUGAAGGUGAAGCGGCGGCGGGCGGUGGGGCAGCGUUCCGGUGGCCCUGUGCUGGGCGUGGCUUUGUUCUACUGCAAGCGAAGGGGCCGCAGAUUGGAGGAGGACACGCUGCACCUUCACAACGCGUCCUCGGAACACACGCACACCUGGUACAACAGCUUGAAGGAGGUCCUCGCAGGUUUGAGCGGUCGGCCGAGGCGCAUCAAGGUGUUCAUCAACCCCAGCAGCCACAAGAAGGAGGCGGUUCACGUGUACCGAGAGCACGUGGCGCCCCUCUUCAAGAUGGCCGACGUGCACACGGACAUCACCGUGACGGAGAGGACGGGACACGCGCUGUCGGUGAUGAAGGAGCUGAAGCUGGACGACUUUGAUGGCAAACUCGUCGUCGGGACGGCGGCCGACACGCCGAGAGCGGAGGAACGUCGCCGGCGAAGCGCCUCCGUCCGAGCGGCCUUCGACUUGGCCGUCGGGUUUCGGGGCCUUCGGGCCGCGUCCGGCGUCUCCCACACGGGCCGCGUUGUGUUCUCAGGUCACGUGCAGCGAGUGGACAUGUGCAGCUUGCGCUCCCCGGGCGGGCCGCCGCGCUUCGGCUUCUGCGCCAUGUUCGGCUUCGGCGGCCGCAGCCUGGCCCGGGCCGAGAAGAAGCGCUGGAUGCCGCCGGCGCGGCGCCGCGACUACGCGCUGCUCAAGACCCUGGCCCGCUUGAGACCGGAGGACUGUCGGCUGUCUUUUCUCACGAGCCGCGCAAACGACCGGGACCGGGAUGCCCAUCAAGAUGGAGACUCAGAGGGGACGGAGUCGUGGAGCAGCGCGGAGGGCCUGUUCCUGAGCGUCGGCGUGAUGGCCAUCCCUUGCCUGAGUCCUCACGCGCCCCGAGGGCUGGCCCCCGACACCAAGUAAGAGUCUCGUGCCCGCCCG